UCAGCGCUGCACGCAGCCAUAUAAAUAGAGGCGCACAGCGUUUCUGACGCCUUGUCGCAGACUGAGGUGCGCGUCUGUAAACAUGGGGAACCCACGAGUGUUCUUCGACAUCAGCAUUGAUGGCGCCGCCGCCGGAAGGAUCAUCAUGGAGCUUCGGGCUGAUGUGGUCCCAAAGACUGCAGAAAACUUCCGCGCUCUGUGCACCGGAGAGAAAGGCUUCGGUUACCAGGGCUCCACGUUCCAUCGCAUCAUCCCUAAGUUCAUGUGUCAGGGGGGAGACUUCACCAACCACAACGGAACCGGAGGCAAGUCCAUCUACGGAGAGAAGUUCCCUGACGAGAACUUCCAGUUGAAGCAUAUGGGGAUGGGGACGCUGUCCAUGGCCAACGCUGGGCCCAACACCAACGGCUCCCAGUUCUUUAUCUGCACGGCUUCCACCGACUGGCUCAAUGGAAAGCAUGUGGUGUUUGGCAACGUGGUGGACGGCAUCGACGUUGUCAAGGCAAUAGAGAAGCAAGGCACUAAGAGCGGUUCUCCCAAGGCCAAGGUGGUCAUUGCCGACAGUGGGGAACUGAAGUAACUGCUGUCUGUGAAUAUCUGGAGUAUCAGCAGAAAAACAAAAUCAACCUUCUCCAAAAAUGUUCGUCUACUGUCUUUAAUUAUGGUGCAAUAUUUUCUACCUUCCUCUUCGUCCUCUGAGGACGUUUGUUAGCAAAGUAUUAUUAAAAUGUAAAUAAAGGAAGAAAUAAGUCAGA